GGAGUGUUGUGUUUCUACCAAGAAGUAGGCUGGUGUGCUGAUUGAAUGGAUUUUCGAUUGUUUGGUUGCUAGCAACGAUGGGACGUCGGGAGGCGUCAGUUAUUCGUCGUACAUUUCACAUCGGAUAGUAAGGCGAACAACUUUGCUGGCACGGAACGGAAAGAACGAUAAGCUAUCGAGCUAUUGAAGACGACGGAAUAAUCUGAUAAAGACUGCUCUUCGGAAUGGAACGAUUUAGCAUUCGGAGUGGUGGAGUAGUCUCUGCAAUAUCGAUAGCAGAGAUGGAACCGUCCGAUCUAACGGUGUACGAUGCCGUUUACGGUACAUUUCAAUUACCGUCGUAUGUACGAACGGUUGUGGCAUCGGAAGAGUUUACUCGUCUGAAACAUUUGAAACAAUUAGGCGUAUCGAAUGCAGUAUUUGGAACGGCUUUACACACAAGAUACGAUCACUCGCUGGGAGCAUGUUACCUCGCUGGAAGAUUACUGAACGAAGUGAAUAAGACUCUGAACAAACCUAUCACCGAGGACGAAAGGAAGUGUGUGAUGUUGGCCGCCGUUUUACACGAUUUAGGCCAUGGACCUUUCUCUCAUUUGUGGGAAAAGUUUGUGGAAGCUUAUGGUUCUCAUUGGAAGCACGAACGAUCCUCGGUAGAACUUGCGAGAAAUCUGUUGGACCGCAUGGAAAUUGUUUCGGAAAAACAGAUCAAUUUAAUAUGUGCCUUGAUACGAGGCGAUGCGUCCGAACUUCUGGACGCAGACCGGCAGUUUAUGACGCAAAUCGUUAGCAGCGAUGUAGAUGUCGAUCGUUGCGACUAUUUGCAACGCGACGCUCACAGUGUGCCGGACAUAAUUAAACCGUCCCGGCCAUUCCGACAACUGUUUGAUCGUGUACGAGUUGUUACGUUGCAAGGGAAAGGCCAGCUUGCGUAUCAUUGGAAAGAUUAUCCGCUGGUGUACGAAAUGGCAUGCGCCCGACAAAUGUUCCAUCGGCGUUGCUACCAAGAUCCGAAGGUGUUGGGCGCAGAGCUCAUGAUGCUGGACGUGAUGCACGAAGCUGAACGGGCAGGUUUUCGAUUCUUGCGUGAUGGCCAAAGUGAGCAACUUUCGAAAAUACAUGGCAAACCUGACCUAUUUAAGUAUUUAAACGAUAACAUUAUUGGAGAGCUGGCCUCUAGUAAUCUUCCGCGGCUCGAAAAAGCUAAAGAAAUAAUAAACCGUAUGCAAAAGAAACACCUGUACGAAGAAAUAAUUCGAUUUUCGGUCGACAUGACUAAAGAGGUAAAAGAAUACAACUGCCAACAGGGAGAACCCAUUGUUGUACAAGCGGUACGAUACAUAAAAUCUGCGCAGCAAUGGUUUUCUAGCUUUAACGUUACCUUCUACAAACCCGGUACCGAUGGUGGUAUCGAUGUUGUUUCCCUGGAGGAAGCAAGGGACCUGAACCAAAGUGUCACAUGCGAGUCGGUUGACGAGAUUGAGCAGUAUAUCAUCUACUGUACUAGCGUCGACCCGGUAGUGCAAAGACGUGCUAAGCACCACUUUACCAAUCUACUCAACGAACCAACAAUGGAAAGCUAGUCGGAGUUUUGUUUGUGUGUGGAAUUUACAAGAAACGUUAAAUUAUUUGUUUUUCUUCAUUUGUCUACAUCAUUCAGAGGCUUUUACUGUGUUUUGUUUGCAGUAAACUAUGAUAUAGAUAACCUCCACAACUACUUAAGUGGCUUUCAUAUCUUAGCACCAGUGUGAAUAUACAUUAAAAGAAGAGAUUUAUGCAAAGUUAUUUUUCUAUUUUGAAUUUAAGUAAACUCAUUCGUUAUUUUGCUUAUUUAAAGAAUUUUAGUUCAGAGUAAUAAAAAAUACGUAUUACCUUCGAA